AAGGUUACAACCUAUUAACUGAACAUUAUCUCUCAGAUAUAAAUAACCCUAAAACUCUUCACAUCAAACAAAAAGUCAAUGCCAUCGCCUACAUGGAUGACACAACAUAUAUAACAUCAACAAAAGAAGAGUUAAUAAAAUUACUCUCACUGGUAGAAGAAUUUUCCUCAUUUACAGGAAUGACCAUAAACCAUACAAAGUCAGAACUGCUUACAAUUAAUGUGACAAAGCCAAAAGAACAAAAAGCAUCAAUAGAAUUUGGAAAACAAAAGAUCACAGACGUGGUCUUAGAUAUUUGUAACACUAUUCGAAGAAAACGACUAACAGAUAAAGAAACUCGUUACAUUAUCAAUCAUUAUAAAGCAGGAUUCACUCAAACUGUCAUUAAUAGCAUAUGCACCACAAAGCUAGGAUAUGAGUUAUACGACACAUAUUAUAGAUAUGCACAACAACAUAUCAAUACCCUUAGUGCAAGGAUCAAUGACCAAUCAAUAAUGGGAGCUACAACAAGAAUCAGAUUACAAGUAGCACAAAAUCAAAUAUGGAUCCCAAAUUCAAUUUUAGAGGCAAAUAUUUCAAAAGAACAGAUAAUUUUGUAUCAAAACCUAACAUUAGACAUACUAAUGCUAGCAAAACAAUAUGGAAUAGAAUGGUCUACAUCAACUAUCUCCUUAAAAAUUACUACCACUGUUAUCUGUGUAAACCUUCUACAAUUUACAAAAACAACAGGAUAA